AUGUAUGAAACGAGCCUUAUCAGAAGGAUACCAGCUUCAGUGAAACCACCUGACCGGGCAAAUAUUAGUCAGAUAACUUUGAGGUCAGGACGGGGCUAUGAGGGUCCGGAGAUGAGAAAAGAUGAGAAUACACCUCUAUUAACGAGCAAGGAAGGCAAGACCCCUGACCUAGAGGGCCCUGAGGUUAGCAAUGUCAGAGUAGAAGACGGUUUUCAAAAAGGGGAUCUGGAGAAUCCACCUCGGAUGGCCGAUCCAUUUUUCUUAGACCCGGAGUCUGAAGUGGAGAUUGAGGAAGGAAGGAAAGAAGUCGGUGAGUCAUCCGUCUCAGGUCUGGCAGGGACGUUGAAGCAUACAAAGCCAUUCCCUCAUCGAGGGGAAGCCAAAAAGAAGAAGGAUGACACGGAAGACUUCAUGGAGAUUUUCGGCAAGCUGGAGAUCAACCUGCCCUUCCUACAAGCUUUGAAGCUGCCUACAUUCAGUAAAUUCAUCAAGGAGUUCAUAGCAGGAAAAACCAAACCCGACGGGAAGAUAGUAAUUGGAGAAAAUAUGUCAGCUGUGAUACAGAAGAGGAGGAUGUCAUCAAAAUGCACAGAUCCAGGUAUGUUCACUUUGCCUAUUUCUCUGGGUGACAUAAAAAUUGAGCAUGCUAUGUGUGAUCUAGGGGCUUCGAUAAAUGUGUUACCUUUUUCGAUAUAUAAGAAGUUGAUAGGAGUGAGUCUGGUGGAUACGAAAGUGGUAAUUCAGUUAGCCGAUAGCACAUGCAUUUCACCCGAAGGUGUGUUGGAGAACGUGAUAGUGAAAGUGCAUGAUUUCCUGUACCCAAUUGAUUUUCAUGUGAUAAAAAUGAGUGAUAAUGAAUCUGCUGAGUCUAGCGGAGUGCUAUUAGGGAGACCAUUCUUACGCACCACUAAGACUAUAAUAGAUGUGUUUGAUGGAACAAUAUGCCUGGAUUAUCAUGGGGAAAAAUAUACAUUUAACAUCGAUGAAGCCAUGAAAAAACCAUUGGAUGUUGAGAAUUUGCAUUCUGUCGAUGUCAUUAACCCCCUGGUCCAGGAAUAUCUUGAGACUGAAUUAAUGCAUGAACAGUUUAACAAUUCGGAGCUGAGCCAGUCUGUUGAUAAGGAGGUGGCAGGAUGGUGUGAAACCCUAUUAACUCGGAACGUGACAGAUGAAUAG